GGAAUUCCAUCCAGAGCCGGCCAUGCCCAGCCCCACGGCCCGGCUGCUCCGCGCCCACCAGGUGCCCGAGAGCUACCGGGAGCCGGGAAUCCUGUCCGGGUACCGCCCUCCCCAGAGCUCGCCCUGUGAGUGCCUGCUCAGCCUCUUCGGGAUGAACAACGAGACCCUCAACAUCUGGACACAUCUGGUGCCCGCCGGGUAUUUCCUGUGGCUGCUGCUGUCCCGGCUGGGCAGCCCGGGCUCGGAGGCCGGGGCGGGGCCGUUCCUGGCCUACCUGGGCACGUGCGCCCUGUACCCGCUGGCCUCGAGCGCCGCGCACGCCCUGGGCGCGCUGGGCGGGCACGGGCGGCACCGCGCCUACUGCUGCGACUACGCCGCGCUCAGCCUCUACAGACUGGGCUCGGCGCUGGCCUAUUCCGCCUACGUCUUCCCUCUGGAAUGGGUCGGGAGCACAUUCCAUGAUUUCUACGUUCCCGUGGCCGUGCUCAACUCCGUGCUCAGCACUGGCCUGUCCUGCUAUUCCAGGUUUCUGGAGGCGGAGCGGCCCCGCCUGAGCAAAGCCUUCCGAACUUUGGCCUUCGUGUAUCCCUACAUUUUCGACAGCAUCCCCGUUUUCUACAGGCUCUCCUGGAGCUGCUCUGAGGCCUCGCUCCCGCUGCAUUCCCGGCACAGCCUCUGCGCCCUCCUCACCUUCCUGAGCUUCACCUCCCACCUGCCUGAGCGCCUGGCACCGGGGAGCUUCGACUUCAUCGGGCACAGCCACCAGGUUUUCCACGUCUGCGGGAUCCUGGGAACGCUCUUCCAGCUGGAAGCCGUCUCCGUGGACAUGGCGGAGCGGCGGGGCCGCCUCCCGCUGCCCUCUGCCCUGCAAACCUUUGGGUCCCUGGGGAUGGGGGCGGCCGCCAGCCUGGCCAUCCUCGGGCUCUGCUUCCGCAGCCUCCGCCCGGAGCCUCCUCCCCGGGAAAAAUCCCACUAG